UCGGCCAUCAACUGCCCCGGCGCGGGGUCGGGAAUGCGGCCAGGCGCUGGCGCAAGGCAACGUCACUGGGCCGCGCCAGCCAAUCGCGGGGGGGGCCCUGUUGUGAAUGCUGCGGCGGCCCGCCGCCGGCGGGAGGCGCUGUGGCCCGUAGGGCGACCCCACAGAGCCGCCAUAGCCGCCCGCCUCCUCCGAACCAACGUCUCUGCCGCCGGCUCCGCGCCGCCGCCAUGGCCGACGUGGAAGACGGCGAGGAAUCCUGCACCCUGUCCUCUCACCCCGGGGGCGUAGGCUCCAAGUCGGGAGGCGACAAAAUGUUCUCUCUGAAAAAGUGGAAUGCGGUAGCCAUGUGGAGCUGGGACGUGGAGUGCGAUACGUGCGCCAUCUGCAGGGUCCAGAUGCCUGUCUUAGAUGUCAAGCUGAAAACAAACAAGAGGAUUGUGUUGUGGUCUGGGGAGAAUGUAAUCAUUCCUUCCACAACUGCUGCAUGUCUUUGUGGGUGAAACAGAACAAUCGCUGCCCCCUCUGCCAGCAGGACUGGGUGGUCCAAAGAAUCGGCAAAUGAGAGUGGUAAAAGGCUUUCUUUGUGCAGUUGUUCAGAGCCCUGCUUGGAUCCUGUUAUCAAGUGCCCUGUAAUGGCUAGCACACUCCAAGGGACUAAUUCUUCAAAUAGGAGGAGCUGGAUCUGGAGCUCUAGGACUCAUAAAAGGCAUAGUUUAGCAUUUUGUCAAUUUUAUUUUCAGAAAUUCUCUACAAUUAAGAAGAUAAUUUAUUAAAGAUGUUCUUUCCUA